AUCCACAUGCAGCCACCAUGUAGCCCUUGAUGUAGCCGCCUUGUGAAAGCGUCGUGCAUGAAAACUGAUGAAAACUAACGAAAACUCUACGCGUGCAGUGGUGCUUUCGUGAAUGCGUUUGCCGGGAGCGAACGCGGAGAGUGCGCACUACUUCCGCAAAAGCGUGAGCUCACUUGCGGCGUUGGUUUCGCGAGCCCACCGUGUUUGACACCGCGCCCACUAUGACGGACAGCGAAGAACCGGCCAAGGCUGAAGCUGAUGUGCUGAAGCGCCACUUACGCGGAUUAUACAAGCAGGGAAACGUGUGGUUCGGCUACGUGGAGACUGCCAAGGCGUUUGAGAUCUUGCUGCAUGACCUUGAUGAUAUAAACAUCACCUUUAGGACCGAUCACAGUGUCAAACAAACCGGGAGCCCACUUUUGGUAUGUCGGCAAUAUGGCAUUGUUGUGGACGAGGGCAUUCCAUUCACAGUUGUGCGGCACACGAAGAGAGGCUGCUUGUUUGGCCGGAUCCCAAAAGAGGUGAAGGACCCAGAAGGUAGCCAGGUGACAGGAGCAGAUGAGUCGGCAACCCCUUCACCAAAGAGAUGGAGACCUGUAACAAGAAGUGCCUGUCCUGCCCUGAUGCGUGUAAAGCAAGUGGAGAUGUAUCCAGCAUACAAGGUAAACCGCCGAAAAUGCCAUACGGACGUCAGCUUGAAAUCAUUUCGAGAAGGCUAAUGUCCUCGUUGAAACGUGCACUUCGAGGAGGAGGGCAGCGCUGAAGCCGUGCUUCGCCAGCAGCGGUUCUACAUUUCUAUGUCAGACGUCAACAGUCAUUGCAAUCAUGAUACAUCUCAGUGUGGAAUGCCCAGUGUACAUGUUGAAUCAGGAGUAGCUGAUGAUGAUGCAUCUCAGUCUCGAAGGCCCAGCGUACAUGUCAAACCAGAACCAGCUAGUCGUGAUACAUCUCCGUGUGGAAGGCCCAGCGGACUUGUCGAGCCAGAAGUUGCUAAUUGUGAUACCUCUCAAUGUGGAAGGCCCAGAGGACAUGUCGAACCACAAGUGGCUAAAAAAUAGUUGAACUUGUUCGUCGGGGCUUGACAUCAGUGAAAGAGAUGGAAAACCGCCUUAACAUUUACAUUCGAGACAACUUAAUGGGAAAUAAAAAUGCUCGCAUUACGAGCAAAAGUAAAUUUAUAUAACAUCAAAGGAGAUGCAAAGACGUGUCUGGCAGGCACUUCAUGAAUGCAGGUUUAAUUCCACAGAUCAGGACCAUGUAGCGAAAUACGUGGAAGAACUUCGUGAGAAGACACCAACAAUCAACUGUUUUUUUCGUGCCUAUGAGGUAAAGCAUCAA